AUGAAUUUAGAAUUAUUAGAAUCAUUUGGCCAGAAUCAUCCUGAGGAAUUUGAUGGAACAUUAGAUUGUGUUAGUAUUGCCAUAACUUGUGCUUUUAAUCGUCAUGGUACCCUAUUAGCUGUUGGUUGUAAUGAUGGAAGGAUUGUUAUUUGGGAUUUCCUCACACGAGGCAUUGCUAAAGUUAUUAAUGCACAUGUUCAUCCUGUUUGUUCCAUAAGUUGGAGUCGAGAUGGUCACAAACUACUCAGUGCUGCUACUGAUAAUACUGUUUCACUGUGGUCAGUGAUGACUGGUGAUUGUGAUAAAAUAUUCAGAUUCCCUUCUCCUGUUUUGAAAGUUCAGUUUCAUCCUCGAGACAAUGCCAGGUUUUUGGUAUGUCCUAUGAAACAUGCUGCAGUGUUUAUGAAUGUAAAUGGAACUCAUCAAACAGUACCUCUUGAUGAUGAUUCUGAUUUAAAUAUUGUGGCAUCAUUUGAUAGAAGAGGAAAAUAUAUUUAUACUGGUAAUGCUAAAGGAAGGAUAUUAGUAUUCACAAUAAAAAAAUUAGAAAUUGUAGCAUCAUUUAAAGUUACUACUGGUACUCUUAAUACAACAGCUAUUAAAUCUAUAGAAUUUGCUCGGAGAGGAGAUUGUUUUCUGGUGAAUUCUGCAGAUCGUAUUAUCCGUGUAUAUGAAUCUGGUGAAAUUUUAGCUUGUGGUAGAGCAGGAGAACCAGAACCAAUACAGAAAUUACAAGAUUUAUGGCAUCCAGUACGACCUAUUAUUGUAUCAAUAUCAAGUGGUUUAGUUUCUAUCUGGGCUCAGAAUCAAGUUGAAAAUUGGUCAGCGUUUGCCCCUGAUUUUAAAGAAUUAGAUGAAAAUGUAGAAUAUGAGGAGAGAGAAUCAGAAUUUGAUCUGGAAGAUGAAGACAAAGAAAAAGAAGAAAAUGCAAAUGGUAAAGAAGAGGAAGAGGUAGAUGUAGAUGUGACAACUGUGGAACCAAUUCAAGCUUUUGUCAGCAGUGAUGAAGAGAGUGAAGAUGGAGAUGCUUUAUUGUAUUUACAUGUUUCACCAGAAAUAGAGGAACCAGAGGAAGGGUGGCCAGUACCAACUGAUGUGGCAGAAGAAACAACAACAGCUAAUGAAAAAAAGAGACCUCAUUCUGGUUCUGAUGUGUCACCAUCACCAAAGAAGAAGAAAACCAAAUCACAUGACAUAGAUCUUCCUGAUGCACCACUUGACGAAAUUCAUCCCUUAUUAAAUGUAAAGAAACCAAAUGAAAAAGAGACUAAAAUCAACCCCCCAAAAUGUAAAACCUGUCCCUUUAAACCAUUAGAAUAA